AAUCAUUGUUUGAAAUUGUUUUAUGUUAUAGUAUAGUGGAUAUCGUCUCAUAUAGGUAGAUAUGGAAGGAAGACAAGUUUUCCUGUUCAUCCUAUUGUCUGUGAUAUCAUGUUCUCUUGCCAAGAACUCCUACAUUGUUAUGUUCCCAAAAACCAUUCGUCCUAACCUGGAAACAAAUGUGAAAGUCCAGCUUCUGAAUGCAUCCCGUGCCCCGGGGACGACGGUAGUGGUCAGUCUGCUGGACAGUAAUAAUAGUACUGUCGUCUCCGAAAUGAGGACCACAGAUCCUGCAAAUCCAACAAUGCUUACAAUUCCUUUAAUGAUGCCCUCCACUUUAAGCCCUGGGGAAGAGUACGCCAUAAGUAUUCAAGGAGAGGGAGGCGUUAACUUCAGUAAUUACACAAAAGUAGAAUUCAAUCCUAAAUACUCCUCCGUAAUGAUCCAAACUGACAAAGCCAUCUACAAACCUGGACAAACAAUACAUUUCCGUGUCUUCGGAAUAUACCCAGACUUAUCCAUUGUAAAUCAGAACAUCGAUGUUGAAAUAUAUGACCCUCUUGGAAAUAAAAUCGCCCAGUGGAAGAAUAAAGUUCCUGAUAAUGGUGUGUUUACAGACAGUUUAGUCAUGUCGGACCAUCCCGUACUCGGAGAAUGGAAGAUAAAGGCUGUACAAGGGAAUGAAGCCCAUACGAAGACAGUGACUGUAGAUGAAUAUGUAUUGCCAAAGUUUGAUGUAACCCUGGACCUUCCUCCAUUCGGACUUAGCAACAGAAACUUAACUGGCAUUAAAGUCAUAUCCAAAUACACAUUUGGUAAGCCAGUGAAAGGAAUAGUUGACAUACGAAUCCGACCUCCUUACCUCAGCACCAGUCCGUGGUCUAUCGAAAACAGGAAGAAACAGGGUCUUGUGAACGAGAUUUCUCAUACUGCACCGAUAAAUGGUGAAUAUAAGUUUGACGUAGAGAAUUCAAAGCUUAAGAGUCUUGAUAAAUGGCUGGACUACAGUGAGUUGUUAUUUGAAGUGAAUGUAACAGAGGCUAUAACUGGGCUUAGACAGAACGCUUCCGGCACUGUCAGAUUCUAUCCGUUUGAAAACAAAGUGGAAUUCCUCGAAUCUCUACCAAAGACGUUCAAACCUGGUCUUCAAUACACAGUCUUGGGAAGAGUAACACGUCAGGACGAUUCACCAAUUUCCCUCCCAACGGCCUCUAGGGUCAAACUGACCGUGACCCACACCCUCCCUCUCCCUUCGACCACGACCUCCACCACCACAACUACAGAAAUGCCACCAUUAGAACCAGGAAUGAGGCCCGGCCGCUUACCAGUAGACGAACCAAUGAUCUCCCCCAUCAGAGGACGUUUCUGGCAACCAGUGUCCAAAGACGAAAGGCUGGAACCUGUCUUCCUUGAUGUUGAUGCCGAUGGAGUGUUUAAAUAUGAAAUGACAAUACCAGAGAAUGUCAAACGUGCAUCGGUGGAGGCAGUAUAUGAAAAGGGCUCUUCUUACCUCAGUCUCAAUCCAAGUAAAUCACCCAGUAAUAGCUUCAUGCAGGUGUCACUACUUAAUCCAGAUGUCAAACCAAAGACUGGAUCUGUUUCAAGGUUUGAAAUCAAGACUACUGAGCGUACUCCCAAAGUUUACUAUCAGGUCGUUUCAAAAGGACAGGUGGUAGAUUCAGGUGAAAUUGAUAUGCAAUCCUCAGGGGUUAAAAUAUUUACCUUACCAAUAACGACAGAAAUGGCACCAAAAGCCCGGCUUAUCGUCCAUUAUGUCAGGAAGGACGGGGAAAUUGUCACAGACGCCCUCACAUUCAAUAUCGAUGGAAUCUUCAAAAACAAGGUAGACAUAGACUUUGACGUUCAGGAGACGCGCCCUGGAAAGGAAGUUGUGGUAUCCGUCAAAGCGGAUCCAGAUUCCACGGUUCAUUUGUUGGCGGUGGAUAAGAGUGUUCUGAUUUUACGAAGUGACAACGACAUCAAAGAAAGCAGGGUGAACGACGAAUUAAACAGCUAUGAUAACGCUUUCUCUGGUGGUAACUGGGGACCCUUUGCUAGAAGCUGGCAUUGGUGGCCCAGACCUUCAGGAGGGGAGGAUGCUGACGAUGUGUUCCGAAACAAUGGAAUGGUUGUUCUUACAGAUGCCUUAGUGUAUAACUACGAAGAACCAUGGCUGCAACCCAUGCCGAUGUUACGUAGAAUGGGUGGACCCGUAAUGGCCAUGGCUGCUCAGCCAGUCGCAUUUGCAGCCAUGGAAAACAGAGCGAUGGCUUCUCCUGCUGCUGGAGCUGGACCCCCUUCUUCUUCGUCACCCCCACGCGUGAGAAAAGUUUUCCCAGAAACGUGGCUUUGGAGCAAUUCAAGCACCGGCGCGGACGGUAUCACGUCACUCAGUGUUCCUGUACCGGAUACUAUUACUACUUGGGUCGCUACAGCUUUUGCUGUCAACCCUAACUCUGGAUUGGGUCUAACUCCGAGUCCAGCUAAUCUUAAGGUAUUCCAGCCAUUCUUUGUGAGUUUGACCAUGCCUUACUCUGUAACACGAGGGGAACUAGUGGUCCUCCAGGCCAAUGUCUUCAAUUACCUGGAACGUGAUGUUAGGGUUCUCGUCAUCAUUGAUAAAAAUGAAAGCUUCAAGAACCUGGUGACCUAUAUACAGGACAAUCAGGUCAAGAAAGGCAGAUUCUCAGCCAGAGUGGGCCGUACUUUCAACAUGACAGCUGGUGAGAUCUACCCUGUGUAUUUCCCUAUCAUUCCCACAGAGACUGGGGAUCUUAAGAUCAAUAUCACCGUCAUUUCUACAGGUCCUAGUGAUGCUGUCAUCAGAUAUCUUAAAGUGGAGCCCGAGGGAGUGGAGAAAGAGUUUAAUAACCCUGUGUUGAUCAAUACUGGUAAUACUGGGACGUUUACAGAAGAUGCUGCGAUAUCAUUUCCACCCAACACUGUGGCUGGUUCACGGCGUGUCAGAGCCUCAGUUAUUGGUGAUGUGAUGGGUCCAUCAAUCAGUGGACUAGACUCCCUGUUGAAGAUGCCGUAUGGAUGUGGAGAACAAAACAUGCUGAACUUUGCUCCAAAUAUCUUUGUGCAGAAAUACCUUACAAUCACUAAUAAUCUAACUCCAGACCUAGAAAAGAAAGCUAAAGAAUACAUGAUUAAGGGUUACCAGCGGGAAAUGACGUACUCCCAUGAAGACGGUUCAUACAGUGCUUUUGGUAAAAGUGACAAGUCAGGCACAACCUGGUUGACUGCUUUUGUUGUGAAGUCGUUCUCUCAGGCUUCUGAUUUCAUCACCAUUGACGAGAAUGUCGUAAAGAAAGCCGUGACUUGGCUUGUAUCUCAACAGAACGAAAAUGGAACAUUCAGAGAACCAGGCAGAGUUUUACACAAGGAAAUGCAGGGAGGUUCAGCUGGAGGGGAAAGAGCCCUCACGGCUUUUACUCUGAUCGCUCUCAAGGAAGCUGAGGUCGUUCCAGGAGUGUCUGAGCUGACAGGAAGGGCAAUACAGAAAGCCAGGACGUACUUGGAAGGUGAUAUAGAUCUUUUAGAAGAUAUCUACGAAUUAGCCCUCGUUGGAUAUGCCCUCCAGAUCACUAACAGCCCCCGAGUCAAUGAAGUUAUCAACAAACUCAAUGCUAAGGCUACCAUGAAAGAUGGACUUAAAUAUUGGUCAAAACCAGAGACCGGCAUUCAAUGGAAGGGAUGGUCUCCUCCUAAAGACCAGGCAAAGGCUGUUGACAUAGAAACCACAGCAUAUGCUCUUUUGGGUCUAGCUAUAAAUAAAGAUUUAGAAGGAGGGUUACCUGUUCUCAAAUGGAUCACCUCCCAGCGAAACCCUGAAGGAGGAUUUGCUUCAACGCAGGACACUAUUAUUGCUCUCCAAGGAUUGGCAGAAUUUGCUACUAUGGUUUAUAGUCCAAAUUUCAACAUGCGUGUGACGCUGACCAGCAAAACUCCAGGUGUACCAUUCAAUCAGAAAUUCACAAUUACCCAGAACAAUGCACUUGUUCUCCAAACAGCAGACAUUCCUGUGGACGUUAAAAGGCUUGAAGUCAAAGGUGAAGGAUCGGGUAUAGCCCUUGCAGAGAUCUCUACUUAUUUCAAUACUGAUGAAGAAAUAGAAGUGUCUUCCUUUGAUGUCAAUGUGACGCUUACUGAUGAAACAACUAAAGGGUUCACGGUGAAAGUUUGUGGAAGAUGGUUGAAAGAAGGUAAUUCUGGAAUGUCUAUGAUGGAUAUCGGAAUACCCUCUGGAAUGACCCCUGAUUUGGAUACACUCGAUACAUCUAAGGCUCCCAUGUAUAAACGUAAUGAGAUGGGAUAUAGGAAAUUAUCCUUAUAUUUUGAUGAGUUUGACCAACAAGCCCAGUGUGCCUCUGUAUAUAUGGCCAACACAGAUAAAGUAGCAGAGAAGCAGCCCUCUGUCAUUAGACUCUAUGAUUAUUAUGAACCCAAAAACCAAGCUACCACAUUCUACACAUCUAGAAUUUUGGCGGAUUCAGGAGUUUGUGAUGUGUGUGGAACAGAAUGCUUCUGUACUGCUAAGCCUUAACAGUAAGGAAUAUGGCUUCAUUCCUGUUGAAAUAUUGGUGCUAUCACGAACACACUAAAAGAGACAUCUCCAUGAUAUAAACUAUCUUUCUGCUUAUUCAGUGAGGGAAUUUUAAUCUAACUAUGACUGAGGGAUAAUAAUAUGUUCUCUUCUCUACAAACUAUUGAAUAGUUACCCUGUAUUAUUCUUUAUGUUGUCUGUUACAUAAGGCCCUAUGUAUGAUGUUUAUUGAUUCAAACCAUGAAUAAAAAUAUUUUUGUA